AAGAGAGAGAGAGAGUGUGAGUGUGUGUGUGUGAGCGCGUUCACUCUCACACUCUCCCCUACUCCUCAUGGCGAUCCCAGCGCGAAUCUCGAGGCAGCACAAAUCCAGGGCCCCUCCGCGAACCCUAGCUCGGUUCCUCCUCCUCCUAGUCCUCCUCCUCCUACUCGUGGUGGUGGUGGUGGUGGUGGUGGCGAUGGUGAUAUCGAUCCUCUCUUUCUCCUCGUCCUCCUCCUCCUCUUCGUACGAUAGAUACAAGGAGUACUGCAAGCACGACAACCACAGAUACGUGUACUGGGGGGAGAGGAUCGAUUGCCCGGGGAAGCAUUGCGAUUCGUGCGCGGGAUUGGGGCAUCAGGAAUCCAGCCUCCGAUGCGCCCUCGAAGAAGCCCUCUUCCUCCGGAGAGUGUUUGUGAUGCCUUCCAGAAUGUGCAUUAAUCCAAUACAUAACAAGAAGGGGAUUCUCCGCCGCCGAUCCAACAAUGGAAGCUCAGAGGACAGGUGGGAAGCAAAUUUCUGCGCGAUGGACUCUUUGUAUGAUAUAGACCUGAUUUCGCGAACAGUUCCAGUGAUUUUGGACAAUUCGAAGGCGUGGUAUCAGAUACUGUUGAAAAGUACGAGGCUCGGAAAGCGGGGGAUAGCCCAUGUACAGGGAAUUAGCCGGGCGGAGCUCAAAGAGAAGUGCAUGUACUCCGAUGUUCUGCUCAUAAACCGCACGGCGAGUCCUCUGGCAUGGUUCACGGAGUGCAAGGAUCGAGCGAAUCGCAGCUCCGUAAUGCUGCCGUACUCUUUUCUGCCGAGGAUGGCAAGUAGAAGAUUGAGAGAUGCGGCAGAAAAGUCUUUGCAGAUCGAAGCUUUGCUCCGUGAUUACGACGCCGUUCACGUGCGGAGAGGGGACAAAAUGGCGACCAGGAAAGAUGAAUUCGGAGUCGUCAGAACCCUUCAUCCGCACCUCGACAGGGACACCCGCCCAGAAUCCAUUCAACGGAGAAUAGCGAAAUGGAUUGCUCCAGGACGGACGAUAUUCAUCGCUUCGAAUGAGAGGACGCCGGGCUUCUUUUCCCCACUGUCUGCCAGGUAUAGGUUAGCAUAUUCGUCGAAUUUCAGCGAGAUAUUAGACCCGGUGAUCGAGAACAAUUACCAGCUAUUUAUAGUGGAGAGGUUGGUAAUGUCGGGCGCGAAAACAUUUGUGAAGACAUUCAGAGAAGAUGAGAAUGAUCUGUACCUGACAGAUGACCCCAAGAAGAACAACAAGAACUGGCAGAUUCCGGUCUACACCGCGGAUGGGGAGGGCACUUAGAAUGCUCUACUUUCAGCAACACUAAUUUUAACUUCGUUCUCGAAGCUCCGAUUCUUCUCGAGUGGAUUUGCAUCUUAAAGUUUGUGUUUGAACUUAAAAGAAGAAUCUGAAACUGUUUCGCGAAAUUGUAUAUAGAAUUGCUGAGAUGUUUAUUACUUCUUUAGCUGCUUUUUUGGUUGGUGAGAGGAAUGAAUUGUAUUCUGAAAAAAA